UCUCAGUGUUGGAGAUCAUCAAAAUACAAUUGGACCAGACCCUUUGGAAAUAAUUCUGUGUCUCAAAUGCCCUGUGGAGCACACACUUAAUCAGUUGAUGGCUAUGGAAUUUUCCAACAUCAGCUAAAGAGAAGGGUUCUGGAGACAGCCUGUAUUUCUUGGAUCUUGGCUUCCUUCCAUCUUCAAAGCCAACGAUGACCAGUGCAGACUUUCUCAUGCUGCUUCAAUCUGACAUGGAGUCCCUGCCUUCCACAUUAAAGUACCCUUGCAAUUACAUUGGCCAAGAUAACCCAGAAUAAUCUUAAAUUAAACUCAGCUGAAUAGCAAUCUUAAUGAUCCUUUGUCAGGUAAUAUAAAAUGGUACAUGUUCUGGAGAACAGGACAUGGACAUCUUUAGGGGACCGUUACCUGCCAAACACAAUGAGGGUAGCGUCUAAAUGAGUUUUCAAAUGGACAACAGUAACAACAUCAACUUGGUGUUUAACCACAUUGCUCUGUCUGUCCCAUGCAGGAAGCAGGGAAAGGAGGGGCUCAAGAGUAGAGGACGGAUGUGGGGGUGAAAGAAGAGGAUUCAAAUGAGCCAGGUUGCUUUGUCUCGGGGAGGGGCGUGCACGGUGGGAUCCUCUCCUGAGAAUGACUGCUGAAACAAUAGGUAGUUGUGGCAGGUGGCUGAGAUCCAAGCUGGUUUGAAUCCAGCCACAUUUCCACACUGCCAAAUAUCACGGCAAGAGAAGACUUGACAGGGAACCGAAGAGAAGCCAGGACCAUCCCUACCUGGCGGCAUCAAAGAGAGAGGACUGUUAUGACCUCCUGCGGGUCCUGACAGGGAAAGAUCCUCUUUUGGGGGCAACUGUGGGGACGGUGCAAUGCCAACGUGAGCCACCAUUUGAAAUGAGAAACAGCAGUGUGGCAGAAAGAAAUGAGUCUGGUGCAGACCAGUGGUUGGUUUCCUAGGGUUAGAGGUCUAGGUCUACCUUCUUUUAGAAGAGGGGCAGUGGUGAGUACUUGAUGGGAGCCCCCUGCCCCAGAGUUCACUUAAGAGCAGGUGUACCUUCCUCCCCUGCGUGGCUCCACGAAGCUGGGAAAGAAACGCACAGGACGACCACCCUAGAACCCCGGGCCUGUCUGGACUGAAAUCGCCUCUCCCCUCCCACACUGCAGUGCUGACACCCCCUCUCCCAUUAACAUCCAGGAAGGAGGGUGAGCAGACUAGGGAGAGGAAGAGGGCAAACACCCAGCAGUCCUUAUAGGGGGGCGGUUGGGGCGGGGGUGCAGACACACCAAGGGGCGGUUUGGUAUCCAUCCGCGCUCCCUCCAGCGCGGCUCUUCGCGACCUCGCGAUCCUGUCCUCCGCCCGGCCCCGCAGCCGCCCGCCGGUGCCAUAUAUUAUAGCAACGCCAGAAAUGUGGUGGUUGUCGCCACGUUAGGGUCCGCGGGGUCCUCCUGAGGCAGCCUGGUGCCAACCCGCAGGCCCAGGCUGGGGCUCGUCCUGGCCCCGCCCACCUCUGGUUCGGAACUAUGGUGGUUCUGUGAGGGGGGCGUCCUGCACUUUCGCGCCGUAUCCCUCCGCCCCCCUUCCCGACACCCUCGCGGAGAGAGCGGUUCUUGCAGCAUCCUGCGCAGCCCCUGCCCAGUUUGGUGCAGAGGCGUGGGGGGCGGGACUCGUCUUUGCCAUUCGGAUCGCUGGGAAAGCGGUGGGAAUCCAACUGAAGAGCAGCCAGAGGAGAGCUGAAGAGAGGAGGGGGAGGCCGAUGACCUGGGCUCUGGGCCUCUGAAGGCAAGUAGGGGUGCGUGAGGUGGGGGGCCGUGGUGUGGGAGUGGUCCGCCAGCGUGGACCGGCUGGCAACCUGCCCCCCGGACCCUGACAGCCUGGCAACGAGGAGACAAUCCGUUCGGAGCCGGGCGCUAGAGAGAGGUGCGCAGUGCCCGAGAUCCCUGGCUAUGGGGAGGCGGUGACUGGUGCGGGCCAGGCCGGACCAAGGGCUGAGGGGCUGGCUCCAGAGGCACCGUCAGAUCGUCUGGAGGAGAACCGCGCUGACCGCUUCCCAGCCAGCUUUGCAGGCGCCCGCGCGCCGCCCUCGACGGUUUCAGUACCGAGAGACGGCUGUGGGGGAGGCUCCUGCGGGAGAAAUGGCCAAACGGGAGCCGUUUUGGGGGGCGCCCGGGAGGCAGUUGGGGGGCGCCUGGGGGGUCCCUCGUGGGCCAGCGUCCCAGCUCUGUGCCUAGCCCGCGGGAGGUGGGUCGCGUUCGCUGCUCCGGGACCUGAUUCCGGAAAGGGGCCUGUGGGGCCCCGUGUCCUGGGUGCUGUCCCUUCCCACAGACUCCAGGUUGAUGUCAAAGUCUGUCUGCGCGGUAGGUCUGGCGUAUUCUGACAGGACACAGUGAGCAUCUGUAGAGGAGAGGCUUGAAAUAAAGGAGGAGCACGAAUAUUGCCUGGAUUUCUGGAGGACCCCCUUCUGUCAGCUGUGGGGCUUGACACUACUUGAACAAGAAAAGGAGAAGGAAACUGCACCACAUCAGUGAAGAUCCACCUCCAGUGGCUGCUCUGCUGGUGGUGGAGUUGCUGCUGACAACCACCCUCAACGGGUCUGCACCCAUCCAGGAAAUCUCUGUCUUCCUCAAGCUUAGUUGUGCCUGUUCUACACUCUAUCUGUAUUAUUGAAUUACUGACUGAGACUGUGUUUGGGAAGGAGGCUGAGUGACUACUGGACUGGAUAUUGACUCUAACUCUUGUUUCCAAGCUUAUAUCCUCAAUCACCUAAAGAUCAGAGUGUGAAGAAACAAACCUGUGACAGAUCUGUGGUUGAGGUUUAGACUGGGGGAGGAGUAUAUUACUGGACUUUCUUUGUAACGUGUACCAUGACUGGGGCAGAGAUUGAGUCUGGUGCCCAGGUCAAGCCUGAAAAGAAGCCUGGGGAAGAGGUUGUAGGUGGGGCUGAGAUAGAGAAUGAUGUCCCUCUGGUGGUCAGACCCAAGGUUAGGACCCAGGCCCAGAUAAUGCCUGGGGCAAGGCCCAAGAAUAAGUCCAAGGUUAUGCCUGGAGCAAGCACCAAAGUUGAGACAAGUGCAGUGGGUGGGGCACGCCCUAAGAGUAAGGCCAAGGCAAUACCUGUUUCACGAUUUAAGGAAGAAGCCCAGAUGUGGGCUCAGCCCAGGUUUGGUGCUGAAAGAUUGUCUAAGACAGAGAGAAACUCCCAGACCAAUAUCAUAGCCUCUCCACUUGUCAGUACUGAUUCUGUGUUGGUUGCUAAAACAAAGUACCUGUCUGAGGAUAGAGAACUGGUUAAUACAGACACUGAGAGCUUUCCUAGAAGGAAGGCCCAUUACCAAGCAGGAUUCCAGCCUUCUUUUAGGUCAAAGGAGGAGACCAAUAUGGGGUCCUGGUGCUGUCCUAGGCCUACAUCCAAACAAGAAGCCUCUCCUAAUUCUGAUUUCAAAUGGGUAGACAAAUCUGUGAGUUCCUUGUUCUGGAGUGGAGAUGAGGUCACUGCAAAAUUUCAUCCUGGGAAUAGGGUAAAAGACAGUAACAGAUCCAUGCACAUGGCCAAUCAAGAGGCUAAUACCAUGUCUAGGUCCCAAACUAACCAGGAGCUCUAUAUUGCAUCUAGUUCUGGUUCUGAGGAUGAGUCUGUUAAGACACCCUGGUUCUGGGCCAGAGAUAAAACCAAUACCUGGUCUGGGCCCAGGGAAGAUCCCAAUAGCAGGUCCAGGUUUAGGUCUAAGAAAGAAGUGUAUGUUGAAUCAAGUUCUGGAUCUGAGCAUGAAGACCAUUUGGAGUCCUGGUUUGGGGCUGGAAAGGAGGCCAAAUUCAGGUCCAAAAUGAGAGCUGGGAAGGAGGCCAAUAACAGGGCCAGGCACAGGGCCAAGCGAGAAGCUUGCAUUGAUUUCAUGCCUGGGUCUACAGAUGUAAUUAAAAAAGAGUCCUGUUGGCCUGAAGAAAAUGCUAAUACCUUUUCAAGGCCCAUGAUCAAGAAAGAGGCCAGGGACAGAGCAAUGGCAAAGGAAGAGGCCAAAACCAAGGCCCGAGCCAGGGCCAAGCAAGAAGCCAGGUCAGAGGAGGAAGCCCUCAUUGGGACCUGGUUCUGGGCUACAGACGAGUCCAGCAUGGCAGAUGAAGCCAGCAUAGAGUCCAGUCUACAAGUGGAGGAUGAGUCCAUAAUUGGGAGUUGGUUCUGGACUGAAGAAGAGGCCAGUAUGGGGACUGGGGCUAGCAAUAAAUCCAGACCAAGGACUGAUGGGGAGCCUAUUGGUGAUUCCUUAUUUGGGGCUAGGGAAAAGACCAGUAUGAAAACUGGGGCUGAGGCCACCUCUGAAUCUAUACUAGCAGCUGAUGAUGAACAGGUCAUUAUUGGUUCCUGGUUCUGGGCUGGUGAAGAGGUCAACCAAGAGGCUGAGGAAGAGACCAUUUUUGGGUCGUGGUUCUGGGUCAUUGAUGCGGCCAGUGUGGAAUCUGGUGUUGGGGUCAGCUGUGAGUCCAGGACAAGGUCUGAGGAAGAAGAGGUCAUUGGUCCCUGGUUUUGGUCUGGAGAACAAGUUGAUAUAGAGGCUGGAAUCGGAGAAGAGGCCAGGCCAGGAGCUGAAGAAGAGACAAUAUUCGGGUCCUGGUUUUGGGCUGAAAACCAGACCUAUAUGGAUUGUAGGGCUGAAACUAGCUGUGACACCAUGCAAGGGGCUGAGGAGGAGGAGCCCAUUAUUGGGUCCUGGUUUUGGACCAGAGUAGAAGCUUGUGUGGAGGGUGAUGUCAACAGCAAGUCUAGCCUGGAGGACAAGGAAGAGGCCAUGAUACCAUGUUUUGGAGCCAAAGAAGAGGUCAGUAUGAAGCAUGGGACUGGUGUCAGAUGCAGAUUUAUGGCAGGGGCUGAGGAGACCAAUAAUAAGUCUUGCUUCUGGGCAGAAAAAGAACCCUGUAUGUAUCCUGCCGGUGGAGGAAGUUGGAAGUCUAGGCCAGAGGAGGAAGAGGACAUUGUCAAUUCGUGGUUCUGGUCCAGAAAAUACACAAAGCCAGAGGCCAUUAUAGGGUCCUGGUUAUGGGCUACAGAAGAGAGUAAUAUAGAUGGGACUGGAGAAGAGGCCAAGUUACUGACUGAAGAGGAGACCAUAAUCAAUUCCUGGUUCUGGAAAGAAGAUGAAGCCAUUUCAGAGGCUACUGACAGAGAAGAGUCCAGGCCAGAAGCUGAGGAGGGGGACAUUAUUGGUUCUUGGUUCUGGGCUGGAGAAGAGGACAGACUAGAGCCAGCUGCUGAGACUAGAGAAGAAGACAGGCUAGCAGCUGAGAAAGAAGGUAUUGUUGGGUCCUGGUUUGGGGCCAGAGAAGAGACCAUUAGAAGAGAGGCUAGGUCUUGCAGCAAAUCCAGUCCUAAAGCUGAAGAGGAAGAAGUCAUUAUUGGGUCCUUGUUCUGGGAAGAAGAGGCCAGUCUGGAGGCAGUGGCAGGAGUCGGCUUUGAGUCAAAGCCUGGGACUGAGGAGGAAGAAAUCACUGUUGGGUCCUGGUUCUGGCCUGAAGAAGAAGCCAGUAUACAGGCUGGAUCUCAGGCAGUAGAGGAGAUGGAGUCAGAGACUGAAGAGGAAACCAUUUUUGGGUCCUGGUUCUGGGAUGGAAAAGAAGUCAGUGAAGAAGCAGGACCAUGCUGUGUAUCCAAGCCAGAGGAUGAUGAAGAGAUGAUUGUUGAGUCCUGGUUCUGGUCUAGAGACAAAGCCAUUAAGGAAACUGGAACUGUGGCCACCUGUGAGUCCAAGCCAGAAAAUGAGGAAGGGGCCAUUGUUGGGUCUUGGUUUGAGGCUGAAGAUGAGGUAGAUAACAGGACUGACAAUGGAAGCAACUGUGGGUCCAGGACAUUAGCUGAUGAAGAUGAGGCCAUAGUGGGGUCCUGGUUCUGGGCAGGAGAUGAGGCCCAUUUUGAAUCAAAUCCUAGCCCCGUGUUCAGGGCCAUUUGCAGGUCCACGUGUUCAGUUGAACAGGAGCCUGAUCCUUCACGCAGGCCUCAGAGUUGGGAGGAGGUCACUGUUCAGUUCAAGCCUGGUCCAUGGGGUAGGGUCGGCUUCCCAUCUAUAAGCCCCUUUAGAUUUCCGAAAGAGGCAGCAUCUUUAUUCUGUGAAAUGUUUGGGGGCAAACCCAGGAACAUGGUACUUAGCCCAGAAGGGGAAGAUCAGGAAUCUUUGCUUCAGCCUGAUCAGCCUGAUCCUGAGUUCCCAUUUCAGUAUGAUCCUUCCUACAGGUCAGUCCAGGAAAUUCGAGAGCAUCUUAGGUCCAAGGAGAGUACAGAGCCUGAGAGUUCGUCCUGUAACUGCAUACAGUGUGAGCUGAAAAUUGGUUCUGAAGAGUUUGAAGAACUCCUUUUAUUAAUGGAAAAAAUUCGGGAUCCUUUUAUUCAUGAAAUAUCUAAAAUUGCAAUGGGUAUGAGAAGUGCUUCUCAAUUUACCCGAGAUUUCAUUCGAGAUUCAGGUGUUGUCUCACUUAUUGAAACCUUGCUUAAUUAUCCGUCCUCCCGAGUUAGAACAAGUUUUUUGGAAAAUAUGAUUCGCAUGGCCCCACCUUAUCCGAAUCUAAACAUAAUUCAGACAUACAUAUGUAAAGUGUGUGAGGAAACCCUUGCUUAUAGCUUGGAUUCCCCGGAACAGCUGUCUGGAAUAAGGAUGAUUAGACAUCUCACUACUACUACUGACUAUCACACACUGGUUGCCAAUUAUAUGUCUGGGUUUCUUUCCUUAUUAGCUACAGGCAAUGCCAAAACAAGGUUUCAUGUUUUGAAAAUGCUACUGAAUUUGUCUGAAAAUCUUUUCAUGACAAAAGAACUACUCAGUGCUGAAGCAGUGUCAGAAUUUAUAGGCCUUUUUAACAGGGAAGAGACAAAUGACAAUAUUCAAAUUGUUCUUGCAAUAUUUGAGAAUAUUGGCAACAAUAUCAAAAAAGAAACAGUGUUCGCUGAUGAUGAUUUCAAUAUUGAGCCGCUUAUUUCUGCAUUCCACAAAGUUGAGAAAUUUGCUAAGGAACUGCAAGGCAAAACAGACAAUCAAAAUGACCCUGAAGGGGACCAAGAAAAUUAGUAAUGGUUAAUUGCUGGCCUCAGAUUGUCCUUAUGUUCCUGAGUUAUGAUCCUUGAGUAAUGCUUUGAUUUUAACAGUUGGUUCUGUGUUGCAACAUAUAUCUUUAGUGCUGACACUAACUUUGUCCAACUCUGUCUGUAAGCUGGAGCAUUUUUCUGAUGCCAACUGAAUAUUAGAGCUGAAAACACAUUUGUUGAUAUUUGUCUUGUCCACAUUGUGAUAUUCAGUAUUUGAGCUUAUAGUGAACUGAGCAAUCAUAAAUAAGCCACCCUUCUGAUUGUCGUUCUACUGUAUAUAUGUAUAUUUGAGUGUUGUUUGUGUUUCAAUAAAGUUCUAUGUUAAAGUUGGCAGAAA